AAAAAUUUCUAACUCCCUCGAGCCCUAAUCCAAAUGCUUCAUCUUCUCUCCCCUCCCCACUCCACCCCACUCAAAUCCCUAAUUUUCUCUCCAGUUCCUACCCCAAUUCGCUUCCUCUUCCGCUCCAAUCUCACCAUGAGCCUCUCUUCGUCCUCAAUUCCCCUUUCCAACGAUCGCCUCCGCCCUGUUCGAUGCUAUAUGGUGCCUGGAUUAAGCUCCGAGGAGGCGGAAAUGGCCUCCGAUGAAGCGUUUAGGAGGUACUCCUCUCCCAGUCUGAAGAGGACGGGGAAAGGGGUGGCGAUCGUGUGGUUCCGGAACGAUCUUAGGGUUCUCGACAACGAGGCGUUGGUUCGGGCGUGGGCGACGUCGGAAUCGGUACUCCCUGUGUAUUGUGUGGAUCCUCGCAACUUUGGGACUACUCAUUACUUCGGUUUCCCCAAAACCGGAGCUCUCAGGGCACAAUUUUUGAUAGAGUGUCUUGCCGAUCUAAAAAAGAAUUUGAUCAAAAAAGGGCUAAAUUUGCUGGUGAAACAUGGGAAGCCCGAAGAUAUCCUUCCUUCAGUCGUAAAAGCUUUUGGUGUCCACACAGUCUAUGCUCAUAAGGAAACAUGCAGUGAGGAACUUCUCGUUGAACAUCGUGUUCUCAAAAGAUUGCAACAAGUAGUGUUACCUCAAUCACCUGAUCAGGAACCGAUAAAUCCCAAAUUGCAACUUAUUUGGGGAACAACUAUGUAUCACAUUGAUGACCUUCCAUUCAGCAUAAGGGACUUACCAGAUGUUUAUACACAAUUUCGCAAGGCUGUUGAGUCUAAGUGCUUAACUAGGAGCUGCUGCAAGUUGCCAUUGUCAUUUGGGCCACCUCCGAGCGCUAGUUUAGAUGAGAUUGGUGGGUGGGGAGACAUUCCUUCGCUCGAACAAUUGGGACUCGAAGAAAAAAAGUGUGACAAAGGAAUGAGUUUUGUUGGAGGUGAAAAUGCAGCUAUAGGGAGAGUUACUGAGUACUUCUGGAAGAAGGAUAAAUUAAGGGUCUAUAAGGAAACAAGGAAUGGCAUGUUAGGACCAGAUUAUUCAACGAAAUUCUCAUCGUGGCUUGCUUCUGGCAGCCUCUCUCCACGUUAUAUUUAUGAAGAGGUUAAGAGAUAUGAGAAGCAGAGGAUAUCAAAUGAUUCAACAUACUGGGUUUUGUUUGAGCUCAUAUGGAGGGACUACUUCAGAUUUCUUUCAAUAAAAUACGGAAAUUCCAUCUUCCAUCUAGGCGGACCUCGGAAAAUAGUGAGCAACUGGAGCCAGGAUCGGGCACUCUUUGAGGCCUGGAGAGAUGGCCGUACUGGUUACCCUAUCAUCGACGCGAACAUGAAAGAGCUGUCAACCACUGGAUUCAUGUCGAACCGAGGACGGCAGAUUGUGUGCUCGUUUCUGGUUCGAGAUAUGGGCAUCGACUGGCGAAUGGGAGCGGAAUGGUUUGAGACAUGUCUCUUAGAUUAUGAUCCAGCUUCCAAUUACGGUAACUGGACUUAUGGAGCAGGAGUCGGCAACGAUCCAAGAGAAGAUCGCUACUUCAGCAUCCCCAAGCAGGCAAAAACCUAUGAUCCUGAAGGUGAAUAUGUUGCAUAUUGGUUGCCGGAGCUCCGCUCACUUCCAAAGGAGAGAAGGAACUUUCCAGGAAAUUCAUACACUAAGCAAAUCGUACCAUUAAAAUUUGAUACUACAUAUCAGAAGAAAGAUUAUAGCAAAAGAGAGAGAGCGGAUAAAAUGUAUGUUAGAUGAUGAGUGGCAGUAGAAGCAGAUUGAUAGCUUCACAAUGUAGUGUUUUGGAUAGUUAUUUUUAUUUAUUACCGAAAUAUACAAAGAUGGGUAUUGAUUAGAUGGGUACUAUUAAUGUAACGAUCCGACCCGCUAGCAAUAAUAAUUCAUUGGAUCUCAAAAUACUUAAGUCCAGUUAUUAUUA